AAUUUAAAAAAUCCAAAGAUUUUUAUGAAGUUCAAUACUUCCUAUCCCUUGACUGGUGCCACAAUCAGACAGUCGAAAUUGAUGAUGACAAGAAAUGCUCAAUCUUCUUUGACAAGAGAAUGGGACAAGUUGUGGAAGCAGACAACUUGGGUGAGGAGUACAAAGGAUAUGUGUUAAAGAUUACAGGUGGUAACGACAAACAAGGUUUCCCCAUGAGACAAGGAGUCCUCUUCAAGGGAAGAGUCAGAAUUCUCAUGAGAAAGGGACACAAAGGUUACAGACCCAGAAAGGAUGGAGAGAUGAAAAGAAAAUCAAUUAGAGGAUGCAUUGUCGGUCAAGACAUUAGAGUCCUUGCCUUACAAGUCGUUAAAAAGGGUGCCAAUGAAAUUGCUGGACUUACAGAUCAAAACGUCCCAAGAAGAUUGGGUCCAAAGAGAUUGACCAAAUUAAGAAGAUUGUUUGGAUUCAAAAAAGCAGACGGUGUUGCUAUUGUCUAAAAGAAUCUCAUCAGAAGAACAUGGACCACCAAGGAUGGAAAGAAGAGAUAAAAGGCUCCAAAGAUCCAAAGACUUGUUACUGAAUCAAGAUUGAGAAGAAAGACCAUUCAAAAGAAGACUGAAUAAGCCAGAAGAACCAAAGCCAAAUAAGCUUUGGAAGCAUAUAAAAAAUUAGCUCAUGAUGUUCACGAAGCUCACAAGAAACACAGAAAAGCAUCAUCUGAAAUCAAGGAAAAGGUUAAAGAAUAACCAAAGGCUAAGGAUACCAAGGCUACAUCCAAACCAGCUUAAGUUGAUGCCAAAGCUGCAGCUCCAGCUAAAACAACUGCUCCAGCCAAGACUGCUCCAGCUAAGACUGCUCCAUAACCAACUCAAAAAGCUCCAACCACCACCACCAAAGCCAAGAAAUGAAAAUGAUAUUAUAAAUAAAGUACAUUACAUAAAAGCAUUUAUAACUCAUUACAAAAA